UUUCGAUAACAAUGAGUCUAUUAUUUGACUUCACUAGAAAUUAACAUUUUUAAUCCGUUAGAAAAACCCAAAUUUCGUAGACAAUACAGAUGGCUGAAGUUAUAUUUUCAGAUAGUUUGACAAAAAUUAUCAUGAAAUUGUGAUACCGACGGUUAAAAUAGUUUGAAAAACGUGUUUACUCCAAAAGGAAAUACAAUUAUAGGAUAAGUAAAAAUGCCAAAACUACAAUAUAUCCAAUGUAUAGUGUUAUAAUCGUUAGGGAGAAAUGUAUACAAUAUGUUGUAUGAGAAUAUUUGUACACUUGCUUUGCGAUUUGAGAUGGUAUAAUGGGCAUUUAUACAUAUCUAAUAGAAUUUAUUAGAAAACCAGCUUAUACACUCUACACUACACUGGUAGAAAAAUGGGUCGGUGUAUGUAACAAAAUAUGAUCAACGAACAUACAAAAUUAAAAGAGAAAGACUACAUAUGGCAAACAAUGAUUUGUAGCUUACUGAUAAAGUUUUUGGAUCAUAAUUACAGUAAUCCGUGGAACAGUAACAACGCUUUUGUGUUGACGAACUUCCGUACGUCUGAAAGCAUGUGUCUGAAAAUGAUGGUUCGAACUUUCUGAGACAUAAUCUGGAAACGGUUUUUAUUUCAUGGUAUUGUUGUCCCCAUCUAGGUUUUCGAAAGUCGAUUCUUUGGACUUCCUCUAUUUUGAUGCAAGCCUUGCAGCCAUCAAGCUUCUGCCACGGUCCACUUGAUUCAUCACAGGGCCAAAGAGACAUUUUACGUUCUCUGUCUACUAUCUCACACUCAUAGCAGCUUAAAUUAUUCACUGAAAGACAAUCAAAGAUAUUAAAAUAUAUCAAAAGUAAUCCAAGAAGAAAAUUAAACCAUUUCAUUUGCAAGUGUUUCCCUUAAGACACUAACAACCUAAGAAUGCGGAAAUGUAUGCAUCUUCCUUUAUGAGCCAAUCAGAGUAGAAAGCAACUCCUACUUGUUUACUUUAAGAAACCGUCCAAUCAAAAUUCCGCACUCGAUUUGAUUUCAACGUCAAGGUCAAAUUAAGGCCACAUUGUAUUGCGUGUUAGUGUCAUGCCUUAACGCAAGCAAUGACUGUCAGCUACGGCAGUCUCAUAGCAACCGUCAAGUAUGGGUCAUUUUUCCGUCUGCUUUUUCGAUGGCGUGGAAGUCUUUAUAAAUUACGAUCGCUUAUCACUCUAUACCAGAUGAACCGGAAUAUCGGAAUGCCAGGCUUCUUUUUGUCCAAAUAUGCUACAUCGCUGGACGUGUAACAAAUGCUGUCCCAUUAUCCUUCGUUUUGGCAUUUUAUGUGAACUUGGUAGUUAGUCGAUGGUUGCAGCAGUUCCUUUGUUUACCAACUCCUGAUGCGAUAUGCGUACUUUUAUCGGCCUAUUUAGGUGAAAAUCCUCAUCUCAAUGAUCACAAAAAAACAGAAAACAGCGAAGAAAGAGCGUUGAUUUUCAGAAGGACGAUUAGCCGUUACGUCAACUUAGCUUCUGCUUUAUGCUUUUGCUCAAUAUCUGUUGGCAUGAAACAACGAUUCCCGACUCUUGAUAGUUUGGUCAUAUGUGGCUUAAUGACUGAACAAGAACUAGAAAUUUAUUCCAACUUGGAAGAGUCAACAAGCAACUUUUUCGUUCCAUUGGUAUGGGCCAUUUCUCUGAUUACGAAAGCUCACGAAGAAAAUAUGAUACGCGAAGAAAGACACGUGGAUGCAUUAGUCAAUCAGGUGGUAGAGUUUUGGGAAAAAUUGUAUAAACUGUGCAUGUACGACUGGGUAAAUGUACCUUUAGUUUACAAUCAGGUUGUAGCGCUGGCUGUGUACAUUUACUUUGCUGUUACAAUUUUCGGUCAUCAGUUUAUUGAUGCCCCUUCAAUCCUACCGCAUAUGCCAACCAGAGUCAAUUCAUCUAAUUUAACAUCUGUCAGCAAUAAUAAUGAUGUCAGCAGUGUUAUUCUCAACAAUCCUGCCAAUAAUACAAAUAUCAAUAGUGGUUUAUCAUUUCCUAGAGUAUUACCAAAUAUUCCAGUAUUCACAAUUCUUUCUUUUAUUUUUUACAAUGGCUGGCUUAAGGUAGCUGAGUCACUUGUUUCACCGUUCGGUUUAGAUGAUGAUGAUUUUGAAGUUGUUCCAUUGUUGGAAAGGAAUUUAAAUACAAGUUUAUAUUUUGUAGAUACAUGUAUUUCCGAUUCGAAUUUAAUUCCCGAAUUAGUUAAAUCUGGUUGUAAAAUCGAUAUUGAAACUGAUGAUGAUGAUCAUACUGAUGGUACUGCUGUCAGUGAUUCAGAUUAUUAUAGUCGACUUAAUAUCCCUGGUAGUCGUCAAAGGAGAAUUAGUACAAAGUCAAAAGGUGGUGUUAGUCGAAGAGGCAGUUUUCUGUCACCUUAUUCGUAUGAUGAAAAUGAUCUAUCAACACCUCAUACUUUUGAAUCACCUAUGGAUAAUGAAUCACCUUGGCCUGAAUUACCACCUACUCGUCAACGUAAACCGUCACAUACAGCUUUUAUUGGGUCAUUGGAAGUAGCUGAAGCUACAAAAGAAGGUAAUUUAAAUUUUUCUCCUUCACUGCACUCUUUAACACCUGAUCAACAGAGUCCACAUUUACAUCCUGAUACAUUAAUUACUUCAGUAGGAUCAUCAUUUCACCGUUUAGGAUCCAAAAUUAAGAAAUUGUCAUUCAGUCGAUCAAAUACUCCAGUUAUUCACGAAUUAAAUAAUCUUAAUACAGAAAUUCUAAGUUCAAAUCGUUCAGAUAGUGUUGCAUCAAGUGAAGAUAAAUUUAAUUCUAAAGAUGCUUAGAAAAUUGAAUAUAUAAAAAAAAAGAGGAAACUGCUUAUAUUCCAAAUUUUUUCUCUUGCCUGCCUUUUUGUCAUCUUGUUAAUACUUUCCAUUCAAGCAUUUGUUCGGUUUUUGUAUGUUUAUUACAAAGUUAUCAUAUAAAACAUCGACACAAACAAACAUUACCUCAUGUGUUUGUUUUUCUUUUUACAACCGUAUGACUGUGUUAUUAUUUACUGUUUACUAACUUGGAUUGUAUUUAAACUGAAAAUAACGUGUAUGUUUUCACAUAGUCUUCAUCCUGUUAAAUAAACUCGUAUUUGGAAAGAAGCAAUCGCGCAAUCAUUUCACAUUCCUCUCCUAUUAAGUGUUCCUUGUCUCCAUCCUGUUGUAAUUUUUCUGAGAAAAAUCAGAAAUGGCAUUAUUUUUUAAAUUAUUUUAAAUAGUUUAAUGACAUAUAGAGACUUUUCAAACCGUACAUUGUGUAUAAUAAAAAACUUUUCUAAAAUGU